AUGCUGUUCUCCAGAGUCGCGCGCGCUGUCCUUGCUGCAGCUACAUUCGCUGCACCCACAUUCGCUGCAGAAAAGUCCGACCUUGGACAAUCGACCUUCGUUGCCCCCGAAAACAACGUCGCUUUCGGCUUUACAGUUCCAGAAAACAGCGGCGAGGAUGUCUUUAUCACGAUUCGCGCCCCGCUCGACCGCCAGUGGGCUGCCAUCGGUAUCGGUCAGGCCCAGAUGGCCGGAAGUUUGAUCCUGAUGAUCUACCGCGACUCGACGGGCAACAACGUCACAUUCUCGCCCCGUGUGGCCUACGGCAACUACGAGCCGACGUAUUACGACCAUGUCAAGUGGGAGGUCCUGCCCGGCACCGGUGUCUUUAAUGGCUCCAUGUACUUCAGCGCGAGGUGCACCGCCCACUGCAGAAAUUGGCCGGGCGGAUAUGUCGACGUGUCUAGCGAGUCACAGAGAGCCAUUUAUGCCGUCGGUCCCAAAGGAGGCUUUUUCUCCAGCAAAAUCGAUGCGUCGGUCAGAUAUCACGAGGAGUUUGGGCGGUUCACCAUUAAUAUGAAGCGCACAAUUGGCCCUGGUGAUGCGCCCGUGCUCAAAGAUGACUCGGCAAACGAGGGAACGGCGCAGGUCUCCGCUAACGACGGACGCCGCGAUUACAAGUCCAUCUUCCACGCGGUACUAAUGAUCGGCUCGCUGGUCUUCCUCAUGCCUCUUGGCGCACUGCUUCUCCGGUUUGGUGACAUGGUGCGCUGGCACGCCCUUAACCAGGGCGUUGCUCUGCUCAUCGUCAUCGUUGGCUUUAUUCUAGGUGUCCUGACCAGCUUCUGGUACAGCCGUUCCCGCGGAUUCAACUCUGCCCACCAGAUCCUCGGCUUCAUUGUUGUCGCCUUUUGCAUGAUACAGUUUGCCAUCGGCUUCCUGCACCACACCAAGUUCAAGAAGACGGGACAGCCAACACCCUACAAGCCGGUCCACGUGUGGCUCGGCCGCAUCGUCAUUUUCCUCGGCACAUUCAACGCCUUCCUUGGCUUCAACUUCGCCCUGAACCGCAAGUUCACCUACUUCCUUGCCGGCCUCAUCAUCCUACUUCUGGCAGUCUCGUUGUUCUUCACCUUUGGCAAGUCGUUCCUCCGCCGUCGGGGCCCCACUAAGUUCGGAGCCCAACCCGGUGGAUACAACCCGGAGCCGUGGCGCCAGGCUCCUACAGCGGGCGGCUAUUCGUACGCGGCCGCUCCGCCUGCGUACCAACCUCCCUCUCAACAAAACAUUGGGUUGACGAGCAUGGUGGCGAAUCCGGCGCAGCCAACUAAGGAGCGGAGCGGCAGCCGUGACUACCGGAACAACGACCUUGGUUCGGCGCAUCAACCCCGGGAGAUGGUCUAA